UGUACGUCCCCGAUCACUCCUUUCCCUUUCUCUCCCCUCCGUCUUUCUUCAAACUCUCUCUCUCUCUCUCUCUUCUUCGUCGCUCAAAUCUCUGCAACUUCUCAUUACAAAAAUUCCCAAUUCAGAAAACCCUAAAAAUUCCAACAAUUCCCAGCUGCCCAAUUUUCCAGGAAGCCAAUGACUUAGAUCUCCAAGACCUAAAAAAACCACCACCACUCAGCGACUCUCGUCUCCAGCUUGUGCGGAAUAAUAACCCCCUUUCCCUCCCUUUUGAAUGGCGGAAAGCGCCGCCGGUGCUGCUUCUUCCCCUAAUCCUCUGUCUUCGCCUCCCGUUCAAAUGGACACUUCAACGCCACAGUUGUCACAGCAGCAGCAGCAGGCCAACGCCAAUUUGAACGCGGCCGCUUUGACGUCACCGCAGGCCGGCGGUGGAAUGCCCAAUUUGCCGCAGCAGACUCUGCAAAUCUCUUCCCCACCUCUUCCUCCCGAUCAGCAUCAGCAGCAGCAGCAGAAUGUGGCUGCGGUGGCGGCUGCUGCUGCAAUGUCGGGUUACCAAAUCCCUCAGUCGCUGCAGAGAUCUCCUUCCAUGUCUCGGCUAAGCCAGAUGAACCAAGUUCAGCAGCAACAGCAGCAGAGUCAGUUCGGUGGCGUUUCGAGGCAGCAGCAGCAGAAUCAGCAGCAGCAGCAGGGGAUUUAUGGGCCAAUGAAUUUCGGAGGUGGGUCGGGUUCAAUUCAGCAGAAUUCUCAGCAGAGCCAUCAAUUGGGUGGUAGUAAUGGUGCCGCUGGGAAUUUGUCUCGUUCAGCUCUUCUCGGUCAGAGCGGGCACCUGCCGAUGAUGGCCGGGCCAGCUGCUGCCGCCUCGGCUCAUUUGAACUUGCAGUCGCAGUUAUUGGCCUCGCCUAGACAGAAAGGUGGAAUGGUCCAAGGAUCUCAAUUCCAUCCAGGGAAUUCUGGUGGACAGGCUUUACCCGGGGUGCAGGCAAUGGGGAUGAUGGGGUCACUUAAUUUGAGCUCCCAGUUAAGAUCUGGUGCUCUUGCAUAUGCUCAGCAGCGAAUGAGUGCAGGUCAGUUGCGGCAGCAACUGGCACAGCAAAACUCCCUCAACUCUGCUCAGAAUUUCUUCCAGGUCUCAAAUUUGUCCAGGACAUCUUCACUGGCAUUCAUGAACCCUCAGCUAUCAGGGCUGGCUCAGAAUUCACCUCAAGCUCUCAUGCAGAACUCUUUGUCACAACAGCAGUGGUUGAAGCAAACGCCGGCUCUCUCAGGUCCCGCCUCACCCUCUUAUCGCAUUCAACAACAGAGGCAAUCCCAACUACUCCUGCAGCAGCAGAUGUCGUCGUCUUCUCAGUUGCACCAAAAUUCCAUGAAUUUGAAUCCACACCAACUGUCUCAGCUCGUACAGCAGCAGCAGCAACAACAACAGCAGCAGCAACAACAGCAGCAACAGCAACAACCUAGUAUGAGCCACCAACAGCUACAGCAGCAACAACAGCAGCAGCUACAACAUCAACAACAGCUACUCCAACAGCAGCAGCAGAUUCCUUUGCAUCAGCACCAGCAGCAAUCUCCAAGAAUUCCGGGACCAGGUGGUCAGAAAUCAGUUAGUUUGACCGGGUCACAGCCAGAUGCGACAGCAUCUGGUACAACCACUCAAGGAGGGAGUUCUAGCCAAGGCACGGAAGCAACUAAUCAACUUCUUGGGAAGAGAAAGAUACAAGACUUAGUUUCCCAGGUGGAUCCUCAGGGGAAGCUAGAUCCUGAUGUAGAAGACCUUCUUUUGGAGAUUGCUGAUGACUUCAUUGAUUCUGUGACCUCAUUUGCUUGCAAUUUGGCCAAGCACAGGAAGUCCUCUACUCUAGAGUCCAAGGAUUUAUUGCUACAUUUAGAGAAAAACUGGCACUUGACAGUUCCUGGAUUUUCAACCGAGGAUCAAAAGCAGCAAAGAAAACCAUUAUCGAGUGAUCUCCACAAUAAGCGACUUGAUAUGGUGCGAGCACUCAUGGAAUCUUCGCAUUCUGAAGCAAAUAACAAUAACCCUAAAGAGACCGUUGCUACACCAGGAAUAAGCAACCCAACGAUGGUUAACAACAACAACCACCACCUGCUUAUGAGACCUUCUCUGAGUUCAGGGCAGUUGGUUUCACAACCAAACCCUACCCAAAUGUUGCAGCAAAUGACCCGUUUUUGACGCCUGUUGCGACAAAAGAUCAAAUCCAUGUUCAAUUGGAUGUAACUACACCGACCUUCUCGGGUUUGUAUGAACGUGAAAGUAACAGAAGCUAUAUAGUUUGCAUUUAUCAGCAGCAGAAAACCCUCGUGUAAAGUAUUUGGUUAUCAAAUUAGUAGAGACAUAGAUUAGAUAUAUAGCCAGAGAACUAAUUCCUACUGUUAUAUUGUUAUGUGUUGUAGCUUGGCACCAUAAACUUUCCCCCCUGACUGAGAUUGUGGACAUCUGUUCACUUUUUGUCUUCUUUCCUCCAGUUUCUGGCCACUUUAUUAUACUACCAAACUUAUUGAGCCAGAUUUGAUCUGUCUAGGACACUUCCAAAACCUUCUUCCUUUUCUAAGGAAAGACAAAUAGGGAUAAAGAAAGGGAAACUGACCUCUGUUUCACUUUCGCCUGUUCUGUUUUCGUCUGACAGAUAAUUGUACAGUUGCUGUCGUUCUGCACCAG